AUGGAAAAUCCCACACGUCAGCUCGCUUCACAUCUCUGUUAGCGGCGGCACGGAAAGACAGUAGCAGUGCUUCCUCAAAGUCCAAACAAAACAUGCGUUAUUGCUGUUUUUUUAGGUUUUAAACAAACAAACUGUUUGAAAUUAUUCGGAAAAUAUCUGUUCAUUUGAAUAACAAGAAUGGAGCAUUCGGUGCCCAAAAAUAAGCUGAAGAAACUCAGUGAAGACAGUCUUACCAAGCAGCCAGAGGAAGUAUUUGAUGUCCUUGAAAAGCUUGGAGAAGGAUCAUAUGGCAGUGUUUUUAAAGCCAUUCAUAAGGAAUCAGGCCAGGUGGUGGCCAUUAAACAGGUUCCUGUCGAAUCAGACCUGCAGGAAAUCAUCAAAGAGAUCUCCAUAAUGCAGCAGUGUGACAGUCCUUAUGUGGUGAAGUACUAUGGCAGCUAUUUCAAGAAUACAGAUCUGUGGAUUGUGAUGGAGUACUGUGGCGCUGGAUCGGUGUCUGAUAUCAUCAGACUGCGCAACAAAACGCUCACCGAGGAAGAAAUUGCCACAGUCCUCAAAUCCACCUUGAAAGGUCUGGAAUAUCUCCAUUUCAUGAGGAAAAUCCACAGGGAUAUCAAAGCUGGGAAUAUUCUUCUCAACACAGAAGGACAUGCCAAACUAGCUGAUUUUGGAGUGGCUGGACAACUUACCGACACAAUGGCCAAGAGGAACACAGUUAUCGGGACACCCUUCUGGAUGGCCCCCGAGGUGAUCCAGGAGAUCGGGUACAACUGUGUGGCAGAUAUCUGGUCUCUCGGCAUCACAUCCAUAGAAAUGGCCGAAGGAAAGCCUCCUUAUGCAGACAUUCAUCCAAUGAGAGCUAUUUUUAUGAUUCCCACAAACCCUCCACCCACGUUCCGCAAGCCAGAACUGUGGAGUGACGAAUUCACAGAUUUUGUGAAGAAAUGUCUGGUGAAGAACCCAGAGCAGAGAGCGACGGCCACUCAACUGCUGCAGCAUCCCUUUAUAACCAGUGCUAAGCCAGUGACCAUCCUGCGGGACCUGAUCACAGAGGCCAUGGAGAUGAAGGUCAAGAGACAACAGGAGCAGCAGAGAGAGCUGGAGGAGGAUGACGAGAACUCUGAGGAGGAAGUGGAAGUAGAUUCCCACACCAUGGUGAAGUCUGGUUCAGAGAACGCCGGCACCAUGCGGGCCACGGGCACCAUGAGCGACGGCGCUCAGACCAUGAUCGAGCACCAUGGCAGCACCAUGCUGGAGUCUGACCUGGGCACCAUGGUCAUCAACAGCGAUGAUGAGGAAGAAGAGGAAGAUCUUGGCUCGAUGAGGAGAAAUCCUACAUCUCAGCAAAUUCAGCGUCCAUCCUUCAUGGACUACUUCGACAAGCAGGACUCAAAUAAAGCACAAGAGGGUUAUAAUCACAACCAGCAGGACCCGUGUUUAAUUUCCAAGACCGCUUUUCCUGAUAAUUGGAAAGUGCCGCAAGAUGGAGAUUUUGAUUUUCUGAAAAACCUUGAUUUUGAGGAGCUCCAGAUGCGUCUCACUGCUCUGGACCCCAUGAUGGAGCGAGAGAUUGAAGAACUGCGGCAGCGCUACACGGCUAAAAGGCAACCCAUUCUUGACGCCAUGGAUGCGAAGAAACGCCGGCAGCAGAACUUCUAACCAACUUCACAGAUGCUGAAGCUUCAAAGCUGGCUGGCCAGAUCUUAUGUCCCCUCCUGUAUUCAAUCUUUGUACUGAUGCAUCUUAUUCUACCCUUCUGCUGUUUGUACAUUUGAAGAAGGUCCUAGUAGAUGUAUAAAACACAAAAUCAAGACAUAAAUCAAGAUAUUUUUUUUUUUUUAUGUUCUUUAGAAUUCAAAGGUCACAUGUUAAAAUAUGAGUUCAUCCCAAAUAGAGCAAAUUGAGUCUCACCCUCACAAUAUUAUGAAGUUUAGGCUUUUCUCUAAUUUCCAAAAACUAAUUCAGCCAUAUCUACAUCUGUGGUUAAUACUUUCUUAAUACUGUAAAUGAAGCCAAGGCAAAAAUAACUGUGAACACGUGAAGUUUUGUGGCUGAAUUCAUAAAAAAAGAGAAGUCAUUUUUAGGUGUGAAUGGAUUACUAAACCAAAGACAAUCAAAAGUAGAGAAUGCCUUAGAGUUGGUUAACCCUCUUAAUGAAGUUUGCAUCACCAAGCUAUAGGUUAGUAUUCUGCUAAUAUGGGACCAUGUUACAGUAGAGAUCUUGUACGUCAUCUUUACUGGAAUUAAUUUCGAGAGAAACGGGACCAUUACUGCAGCUAUGCUUCCCAUUCCAUCAGAAUUCCUCUUCAGCACAAAGGUUUGAAACAUCUGUCCACAGCUUUGUAAAUAUGCAUGGCUUAUUUAUGCUGAAUGUCACUUUCUCGGUUUAUGAAUGUUUCCGUGUCUCGUCUUCCUCUAUGUUUUCUUCAGUGCCACUGGCUUUUUGCUAAAGUGUGGCAAAGUUUGUGUGAGAAAGUGAGAACUAAUUUUCCUGUGCCCCAUUUUAAAGUUCUCGCUUUAUCUCAGGGGUUGCUCUGCUUUGAACUCUUUCUUCUGGUCUUUUUCAAAGAUUUCAAUGCAGUGAUUUUGUUUCUCAUUAUGGUAAUGGUACCAUCAUUACUAGGCCUGUUGAGUCUCUCCAUACCUACCAAAAGCAAUACAGCAACUCAAGGACAUAGUAAUGUAACAAUGCCAGUAAUGUGAAUGGCCUAAAAUGUUGCCGAGUCUUUUAAGAGAAGGAUGAAUGGUUUUAAAAUACACCUUAAAAUGACUCAUAAUGUUCAUGCCCUGAUUGUGGACUGACGAUCUCUAUGAAUCCGAGCUGGUUUGAAGUAUAGUCUAAUUAUUGUUUUUCUCUAUUUUAAAACAAAAAGCAUAUUGAGAUAGUUAGGGAUGUUACCAAUGCCUUACAUUUCCUGCAGUUGUGAGUUAUAUCAGUUUGUUUCAUACUCUGACAUUUACUUAGGCACGUUUUUACUGAACACUCUAAUUUAUUGUGCAUUAUUCAUAAUGUAUGUUAUUUUUUGCACUCUGCAUAGAGUUUUUGAAUAAAGGUCUGUUACUUGUCUCCUUAAA